AUGUGAGAGAGAGGGAGUGAGGGUGGAUAGCGCGCACAGUGGUGAUAACACUAUCUAUCUAUCUAUCCAAAUGACGAGCGUCGCUUUCACGCGCUCCACUCAUCACGCGCCGUGAAGUGGUGUUUCAUUCCUCACUUGGGGUUUUUUCGCGUCACUGGUUUAUUUGAGCUCUAAAAACAUUGCGAGAACUAUCGAAGAGCUUCUUCAGCCGAUGUAGGACAUGGUUUUGCGCCACGGAAAUCUCGAUGUUUUAUCUUGCGUUUUUGCCUGCGCUCGUUCUCAUAACAAUGUAGAGAAAGUGCGCGGUGACCGCGAGCACAGCGCACGGGCGAUGUUGACGCUGUCACCUUGCCGCCUGGUCCCCAUAGCGUCUUGACUUUUUUUUCCAGUGGAGUAUAAUCAAGACGAACUUGUGAAUGUAAAAGAAGGCGGCUGUUGAGAAGCAACUGAACCGUCCAGCUGCCCACGCUGCCGCUGCACAUCCGUGCGCACUUCUGAGGAGAAAAACAGCGAGCAACUAAAAAAGGGGACAAGACGCGUCCUUGUUUUUUCGUGAAUAUUUCGCCCAGUCCUCGUUUGGUGCGCUCUGGAGAGACGUGGAGCUAUUUCAAGCUUUCUGUUUCUCGGGAUAUAUAACAUUAGAAUGCUAACAUUUGGAGUAAGGUGUCUAACUUAAGGUGACCAUUACGUUCGAGCGUCGACGUUUGUUGGAACGCAUAAAUGGACGAAUACCAGGAGGACUGAUUCGGAAUUGUUGUCUGGAAAAAUGUGGCUGAAACGGUGUGUCACACGCAGUUCCAUGGUUGCAUGGAGACCUGGAGGAAUGCUGGGAUGUAGAAUGUGGAUCUUCUUCAUCCUUGUCCAUCUCACAAUGGAUCUGUCUCUGUGUGCACCAUCAGGCCAAGGGCUCACCCUCAAACUACUGCCCAGAUCAGUGCCCCGCCGGCAACCGCAUCCUCUGCCCAGUUGGGACACGCUAACCGGCCAGCACUUGAGGACUCUGGGUGUCUUGCAUCGCGGUGUUCCCCCUCCCUUGCCAUCACUAGGCAAUCACGGGGAGCUGGGGGGCACCAAACUGUGGGGGCGGAAAAACCGCCGCUCGCUCCAAACACGACAACUUUGUGCAGAGUGCCAAUUGACCCCCUCCGACAAAGGAAAGUCGGUUGCAUUACCAGAGGGGAGUAAAUCUGAUUUAAAUCUGCAUUUAUCUCGCUCACGGAGGCAGCUGAAAGGGGACGGCUAUGACUCCCUGGAGGGGAGGACCACCACAGUGGCAGGAUUUAUUGACUGGGGCCCGACAGGGGCCGACGAGGGCCUCGAGGAGGAGGCGAAGGUGAUCCCGAAUGCCACCGUCACCUCUUUAGCCCCUUCCACCACCACAGUUACCGUAACUAGCACUACCACACGCAGCCCCCAAAGGACGUAUGCGGUGCUUACAACCGCGCAUCCUAAGAGGCACAGCACCACACAGCCAAGCAACUCCAGAGUGACUGCCAAACCGCCGAAACCUUUUGGGGACACACCAGGUCUGGCUGUUCACCAGAUCAUCACCAUCACUGUGUCCCUCAUCAUGAUCGUUGCAGCCUUGAUCACUACUCUAGUCCUUAAAAACUGUUGUGCGCAGUCCGGGAAUGGCCGACACAGCAGCCAUCAGAGAAAGAUCAACCAGCAAGAGGAGAGCUGUCAAAACCUGACCGACUUCACGCCCGCCCGCGUGCCCAGUAAGGUGGACAUCUUCACCGCCUACAACGACAGUUUACAGUGCUCGCACGAGUGCGUGCGGGCCGGCAUACCGGUGUACACGGACGAGAUGAUCCAGCACACACCCAUCUACAAGACCUCCUACAAUGGAAACAGACCGUCGCCCACUGAAAGGCAGCUAAUCCCUGUGGCCUUUGUGUCUGAGAAAUGGUUCGAGAUCUCCUGUUGAGGCCCUUUUACUACCUUUGGGUUGAGCCCACGUCUUCAAUUUGUGCCCUGGAUCUCAUUGGAAAACCUGUGAAUCAAACACAAAAGACUCUUAAAACACAAAGCAAAACAAAACCACAACAACGACAAGCAAUUACAGAGCUGGGAAGCGAGACGAACAGGCAGUUUUGUACAAAAGUUGGAUCUCUAGAAGCGGACUGAAGAUGUUUAUUUUUCUAGACUGACGCAGUGCUAUGGAUACCACUCCCAAAUUAUUUUCCAUAGACAUGUGAUCAUUUUAGAGAUGAUAUACCUAGAGCUGAUAUAUUAUAUACGUGUAUUACUGCACAUGUGGGUGCGCUGGAGCGGAGAGGCCGCGGGGACGCUCUCUGACACGAUACGUCUGCUUGUGUGGAGAAAAGACUCUCUUGAACUUUGUGCCAAUAAUGCCAUUAUGUGCCACUACAUAUAUAGAUGGGACGCGUUCAGUUUUGUGGAAAAUUACAGACACAUCAAGUAAUUUCAGUGACUGUCUCCCAAUAUCAAUCUGUCAUCCGUUUUUGUAUAAAAAGUAUCAAUAUGUAUUUGAAAUAUGUUUUGAAAUAGCUGAGGAAACGUGUUACAAAUGUCCAAAAAAUAUUUAUAUGGAGCACUAUUCAUUUAGAUGAGAAAAAAAAAAAAAAAAACCCAGUGAGGAAUAGUAUACCCAGGUUUUAAUUUCACUACAUUGUUACUAAGCCCCGUUUUAAAGGAAUAGUCUCUAUUUUUGUACAAACGAGGUUACUUAUGAAUCAGACAGACCCAAUUCAACAGGACUCUUGGGACUGUUAAUCUGCGAGUGGAGGUUCAAUGAAACGUCGAAUUUAUUUUUUAUUUAUUUAUUUUUAUUAAAGGCUACCAAACGACGUGGAAGCCAGAUACAGUAUUCAUUUAAAAGCUUAUUUGAUUUGCCAAAGCCAUGCUUCAGACGCUUCUUAAGUUUUUUUUUUUUUAUUUAACUGAUGAGAAAUAACAUGUACGGGUUAAUCAUGUUUACGGACUCACAGAUCCUCAGAGAGGUGUUUGAUACCUGAGAAUUACCAGACAACUGUUAGUUCGAGGUCGAUCCUAAAUAACACAAUCUAUUAAAAUAGCUAAUAAACCUCCUCUAUGCUUUAAUUACAAAGCUUAAUUUGAAUAAAUCACCAGACAAUUAUCAGCCUUGUGCAUAGACUCCUAACGGACAUAAUAUUGUUUACUUUCUUUUCGUGCCUAGUAAUUUGUGCCAACUUGUGUUUACUUCUAUAUUUCAAUUUGAAACAAAACCAUGAAUGUCCCUUUCAUUGUGUGCUACGUGUUUUAAUUUAAGCUAAUAGUUUAUCAUCACAGUUUGAUUUAUUUGAGCAGAACUGACUGAAAGGCAAACACUCCAUCAGCAGAAACAGAAACGUCUAGUGCCAAUCAUUUUAACAGCAAUCCGAAAUGCAGUAAUACACAAACAGCACGAAACUUGCCAAUCAGUUUCAUGUAUUGAUAAGUCAGCAGGAAAAACGACACUUGUGUGCGUGUGUGUGUGACAGAGAGAGAGAGAAUGUGUGUAUGAUCGCAACACUACUCAAGCAUCACUAGACCAAAGAGCUCCGCUGUGGGUAGCAGUACGUCAGCAGGACAGUUAUUCUGCACAUGACGAGUAAAGAAAAUAAGAGUGCGGAUAACUAUUAUUUUAUCCCAAAACAGAUGGUUUAAUGGUUACAAUUACAUAUUGUACAAAGGCAAACACUGUGAGCGAGGAAAAUAGUUGUUUGCAAUAGUCUGUCACUGAAAGUGAAAUGUCUUGGAGUAACUUUAAUCAUAGGUUUAUAACAAGUAGAGAAUUGUGAUUCCUGUUUUCAUCCUUGGAAGACAGCAAUACAUAUAAAGUCAUGUCGAAGCAUUUCUUUUUUUUUUCCCUCCCUCUCCACAAUUGUCUAUAAUCGACCAAUUUAACAGAUCAUGUGAACCGCACUGGCCAAUCAUGUUAGCUGUUUAGAAAGGUACUAAUUAUAUACUGGAACACUAAAGCUCUGUAUUAUGUACAUGUGUAAAUGUGUUUUCUAUAUAUUUACCUCUAUUCUAUCUUGUGUUUUUUUUAUCCUCUUUUUCACAGGAUCAGAGGAUUUGAAAGUUCAAAACCGAUUUUUUGUUUACAUUGCAUAAGCCACUGCACACGUUACAGACAGAAAAAUAUACACUGACGUUGUGCCAAGCCUCAAAAACACUGUUGUUUCUGCAGUAGCUGUAGUUCUCUUAAACGUCAUGGGUUAGGCAUUUUUAAGUAAUGGACCUUUAUCACACUUCCGUGUUUGAAAAGCGGAAGUUUCAAAUAGUAGCGUAAAAAACUUCCGCUGCAGCCUUUUUCAAUGGCACGAGAUAGUUGUGAUUUAUUAACGUAAAAUUCAGCACAGAUACGUCUUCUAAAAAUACCAAACUCCGAAUAUUGUGAAACCAAGGCUUCAUGAUAUCCCGACGUAUAUUUCGCGACUUAAAGGAGAGAGUGCAAGUCAUACUGUGUGCGUAUGCGUAACACUUCAGAGUCUGACCACAUUAUGUUAUUAAAAAACUGCAAGAAAACAAUACAAACAGCAUUUCACCUUAAAGAGCAUGUCAGUUAGCCAAUGAUUAAAAUAUUAAUUACGACUAAAGACUGUGGGAAACAUACAUUCAACAAUAAUGCUCACAUUUUUCAAGCACGCACUUUACAAUCCAACCCUCAACAGUUACGUCAAAUUAAAGUUGUUCAAAUAAAUGAUUAUUUCCAGCCCAUAGACGAUUAUUCCAAAACAGUAUUGAUCAUCAUAAAUUAUUCAUAUACUCUGUGAUUGAGUGUGUUUAUUGAAUAGCAUUAUACUUUAUAUAAAAACGGGAGGUAAAUCAUAAAUAUACUGCAGGAAUAAACAAAUUAAUACUAAAGAUAAAAUGUGAAUCACUCCGAUUAUUAUUUAGAGCACUGCGUUUCAUUUAGGCCAUGUCCACAACAAUCCACAUCUUUUUCUCUCCGUUUUGGCCUUCCGUCCACACUGAGACGGCGUUUUUGGUCAAGGAAAACUGAGUUUCUUAAAACACUCUCCAAAGUAGAUAAAUCUGAAAACGCCGUUUUCGCGUUGCAGUGUGGACUAUGAAAACUGAGGCUUUUGAAAAUGAUGACGCAUGUUUAGUCAUGUGACGCAUAUUGUACCAAUAGAUAUCUAUGUUUAUACCGAUAAUUGUGGCUAUUAUGUGCACUGCUAUGUGCUAUUCACUUCUACACUGCUGCUAAAGAUAUAUUUGUACACUCUUCAUAUUACAGUCCUAAAAAGAUGACAGAAAAUGUACUCAGUUUCUGUCCUGACUCCUGCAGCUGAACAUGAGGGCAGCUGCUUUUUUGAUCAAACAUGAGAGCGCGCGACAUGAGAUAUUUCCGUAAAUAAAUUGAUCCUGCCAAGAACUGCGUUAAAACUUCUUAUGUCUGUUUCGUCUAAGUGAGUUUUUACGCAUGCGCAUUAUGGCGAAUUUAACGUUUUCCUACGUUUCAGUGUGGAUGAGAAACAUUUGGAAAACGCUAGUGUGGACGGAGAGUGUUUUAAAACGAAAACUCAGUUUUCAAAUGUGUCCGGAUUAAUGCAGAUGUAGCCUUAAUCUCAUGACAGCCAACAGUGGCAGUGUCGAGCAGAUAAAGUUACACAUUAAAAUGAAGGAUGACAUACAUAGUGUGUCGGUAAAUAAUAAACGGUUUUGCAAAUUGCAAUUUAACUUUAAUUUUUAAAUUAGUUUAAUUUUCCUUACUAAAGUUGAGCCUGUUCAUUGACAAUAAUACAGGCAGAAAAUCCUUUACGCUACUAUUCGGAAUCGGAUGUGACGACGGGGACUGUGAUAAAGGUCUAUUGUCUGGCAGAUUGACAUCCAUGAGGAGUCCUUUUUAAUUUUUUUUCUUUCUUUCUUUUUGGUUAAAUUAAAAACACUUCAGGUGUUUUGUCAUUCUCUGUCUCCCAGAGAAUGAAAAUGGCUCCAAACCAUCUCAGUUGACAGCUCAAUAAACUAAACGUCAAUUAAAAAAAACACAAUAAGUCUAAACAGACGACUGGCCCGUGUGACAGCCGGCACAGGAGGAGAAGAUUUGUGCCGAGUCUGAUGAACAUGUCUGGAGUUUGACUGAGUGUGGAAUGUUGAUUCGUUCUUCAGUCUUGACAGAGCUCACAAUCAGCUGAACAAAAAACUGCUGGACUAAAGGUUAAUUGACUCAGUGCUAAGCCCCGCCUUAAAACGCUACUGACCAAUCCUACUGUACCUUAGCAAGCUGUUUGCCAUAUCACGAAACAAGCUUAUGGAAGCCCAGCUUUGUUAACACGUCAGUUUAUUUUGUCUAGAUUUAGCAUAACUUUAAAGAAAAAAAAAAACAA